AUGGGUCUCAUCGGCAAUGCUCUCUACUACUCCUUCCACCCUAUGCAAUUAAGGGCAAUUGUUCAAUGGAAAGUCUGGCACAACCCGCCCCAUGAACGCAACGAGAAGAACGAGACCGAGAAUCAAAAGAUUUGCUUCAAGUUCUUGGACAAGACCAGCCGCAGUUUCAGUGCCGUUAUCAAGGAACUGCAUCCCGAACUGCUGAUCCCCAUCUGCAUCUUCUACUUGGUCCUUCGUGGGCUGGAUACCAUCGAGGAUGACACUUCCAUUCCCCUGGCUACCAAGGAGCCUCUUCUCCGUGGCUUCCAGGAUAUUCUGACACAAGAUGGCUGGACUUUCACCGGAAACCGACCGGAGGAGAAAGACCGCGAGCUGCUGGUUCAGUUCAACCACGUCAUCACCGAGUUCAUGAACAUGAAGCCCGAAUACCAGGCCAUCAUCAAGGAUAUCACCGAAAAGAUGGGCAAUGGCAUGGCUGACUAUGCCGUGAAGGCAGAGAACGACGACGCCAGUGUGAAGACUAAGGAGGAAUACGACCUCUACUGCUACUACGUUGCUGGAUUGGUGGGUGAGGGUCUCACCCGUCUCUUUGUCGAGGCCCAGUUCGGAAACCCAGCCCUGCUGAAGCGACCCAAGUUACACAAGUCGAUGGGUCUCUUCCUUCAAAAGACCAACAUCAUUCGUGACAUUCGCGAGGAUUUCGAUGAUAACCGACGCUUUUGGCCCCAGGAGAUCUGGUCCAAGCAUGUGGAUAACUUUGAGGACCUCUUCAAGCCAGAGCACCUCGAGGCGGCUCUCAACUGCAGUUCGGAGAUGGUUCUCAACGCCCUUGAGCACGCCGAGGAGUGUCUAUUCUACCUGGCCGGUCUACGUGAGCAGAGUGUUUUCAAUUUCUGUGCAAUCCCGCAGUCGAUGGCCAUCGCCACAAUGGAAUUAUGUUUCCGCAACCCCGAUAUUUUCAAGCGCAACAUCAAGAUCACCAAGGGAGAUGCGUGUGACCUCAUGCACAAGUCGACCCAGAACUUGUCUGUUCUGUGCGAUAGUUUCCGAGUGUACACUCGGAGAAUCCACAAGAAGAACACCCCGAAGGAUCCUAAUUUCUUGAAGAUCAGCAUUGUCUGCGGACAAAUUGAAAAGUUCAUUGAGACCAUCUUCCCAACGCAAUCAGCCGAGGCUGCAAACCGCAAGGUCUCUGGCGAGCUCACCGCGGCCGAAUUGCAGAAAAAGAAGGAAGACGCCGAGAACAAGAGUGAUGUCUAUUUCAUGAUGGCUCUCAUGGGCAUUAUCGUCGUCAUCGUUGCCGGUGUUAUGAUCUUCGCUGCCUGGAUGAUGGGCGCCCGGUUCGAUCUUGCUUUCAAGGAAAUCACGUCCGGCAACUUCCGGCCUCCGUCUAAGAGUGCGCUCGAACACCCAGAGCUUUGA